AUGGUUCGGACGAACGGCGCCCCCCAAUAUUCUUCAGAAACAGAGAGCAGAUGUCUCCUGGAGUCAGAGCUGCGAGGACUGUUGCGAAAAAGAAUCAUGAUCUUGGACGGGGGCAUGGGAACCAUGAUCCAGCAGCAGGAGCUACAAGAGGAGGAUUUCCGGGGUGAUGAAUUUAAAGAGCACAAGUUUCCUCUUAAAGGAAACAAUGACCUGCUCGGUAUCACAAAGCCCGAUAUCAUCUACAAAAUUCAUAAGGAAUAUCUACAGGCUGGUGCGGACAUUAUUGAGACCAACACAUUUAGCAGCACGUCUGUGGCUCAGGCCGAUUAUGGACUCGCGCACAUGGCUUAUCGUCUUAACAGAGCAUCAGCAGAGCUUGCAAGAAGAGCAGCUGAUGAUGUCACCAAAGAAACUGGAUGUAAGCGGUACGUGGCUGGGGCAGUUGGACCAACCAAUAAAACUCUGUCUGUAUCGCCUUCUGUCGAAAGACCUGACUUUAGAAACAUCACCUUUGAUGAGCUCGUUGAAGCUUAUUUGGAGCAAGUCAGAGGUUUGUUGGAUGGAGGAGCGGACAUCAUCUUGGUUGAGACGAUCUUCGACACUGCCAAUGCCAAGGCAGCACUGUUUGCCAUUGAUCUGCUGUUUGAGAAGGGUUAUGAAAGGAAACCUCUCUUUAUAUCAGGAACAAUUGUUGACAGGAGUGGGCGUACACUCUCAGGUCAGACAGGAGAAGCUUUUGUCGUGAGUGUGUCACAUGCAGAGCCAUUAUGUAUUGGCCUGAACUGUGCCUUAGGAGCAACAGAGAUGAGACCAUUCAUCGAGGCCAUAGGAAAGACUACCUCUGCUUUUAUCAUCUGUUACCCCAAUGCAGGUCUUCCCAAUACAUUUGGUGCUUAUGAUGAAACUCCAGCAGUCACAGCCUCCAACUUAAAGGAAUUUGCAACAGACGGGCUAGUGAAUAUUGUUGGAGGCUGUUGUGGCACCACUCCAGCACACAUAAGAGCCAUUUCAGAGGCGGUAAAACUCUGUCAACCUAGAGCUCCUGUUAAGGACAUUUUUCAAGACUACAUGCUGCUCUCAGGUUUGGAACCAUUCAAGAUAGGCCCUUACACCAACUUUGUUAAUAUUGGUGAACGCUGUAAUGUGUCUGGGUCACGCAAAUUCGCCAAGAUGAUUAUGGCUGGGAACUAUGAGGAUGCCUUAAGUGUUGCGAAGGCACAGGUGGAGAUGGGAGCCCAAGUCCUCGAUAUCAACAUGGAUGAGGGAAUGCUGGACGGUCCAUCAGCGAUGGCUCGAUUUUGUAAUUUUAUUGCUUCUGAGCCAGAUAUUGCCCGGGUUCCUCUGUGUAUUGACUCAUCCAACUUCACAGUGAUUGAAUCUGGACUGAAAUGCUGCCAGGGGAAGUGUAUAGUAAACAGCAUAAGUUUAAAGGAAGGUGAGCAGGAGUUCUUGCGGAGAGCUGCAACCGUCAAGCGUUAUGGUGCUGCUGUGGUCGUUAUGGCCUUUGAUGAAGAAGGCCAGGCCACAGAUACAGCUCGGAAGGUGGAGAUCUGCACCCGAGCUUAUAACUUGUUGGUUAAUAAAACUGGGUUUAAUCCCAACGACAUCAUCUUUGACCCUAAUAUCCUGACAAUUGGUACUGGCAUGGAGGAACACAAUGACUAUGCUGUCAAUUUCUUUUGGGCAACAAAAAUGAUUAAGGAGACAUUACCAAGAGCCAGAGUGAGUGGAGGUCUCUCCAACCUUUCUUUCUCGUUCAGAGGAAUGGAGGCCAUCCGAGAAGCUAUGCAUGGAGCAUUUCUCUAUCAUGCUAUUAAGGAUGGUAUGGAUAUGGGAAUCGUGAAUGCUGGGAAUCUGCCAGUGUACGACGAUAUUGAUAAAGAACUGUUGUCACUAUGUGAAAACCUGAUCUGGAACAAGGACGUUGAUGCUACAGAGAAACUUCUGGCAUAUGCACAAAACAACGUGAAGGGAGGUAAAAAAGUUAUUCAAACAGACAAGUGGAGAGAGGAAAGUGUGGAAGAGAGGUUGGCAUAUGCCCUCAUUAAGGGAAUAGAAACAUACGUGAUACAGGAUGUUGAAGAAUGUCGGGCACUUGCUGAUCGCUACACCCGCCCCCUUCACAUAAUUGAGGGUCCUUUGAUGAACGGCAUGAAGGUGGUUGGUGAUUUGUUUGGCGCUGGCAAGAUGUUCCUGCCACAGGUCAUUAAGUCAGCUCGUGUUAUGAAGAAGGCAGUGGGCCAUCUCAUUCCUUUCAUGGAGAAAGAGCGGAAGGAAAUGUUAUUGUCAUCUGGCUCAACUGAAGACAUAAAUCCCUAUCAAGGCACUGUCGUUCUAGCUACAGUGAAAGGUGAUGUCCACGAUAUUGGCAAGAACAUUGUAGGCGUCGUCCUGGGUUGCAACAACUUCCGGGUUGUUGACCUGGGUGUGAUGGUCCCUUGUGAUAAGAUUCUCAGAGAGGCAAUCCAAGAAAAAGCAGACAUUAUUGGUUUGUCCGGUCUGAUCACCCCUUCUCUGGAUGAGAUGAUCUACGUGGCCAAAGAGAUGGAGAGACUGGGCUUGGUUACACCGUUGCUCAUUGGAGGAGCCACGACAUCAAAAACUCACACAGCAGUUAAGAUUGCCCCACGCUACACCUCUCCUGUUAUCCAUGUUCUGGAUGCCUCUAGGAGUGUGGUGGUGUGCUCUCAGCUUCUAGAUCAUAAUGUAAAAGAGGACUACUUUGAAGACCUGAAAGAAGAGUAUGAGGAGAUAAGACAGGAGCAUUUUGACUCCUUGAAGGAGCGUCGUUAUCUGUCUCUGUCUCAGGCUAGAGAAAAAGCGCUACGUAUUGAUUGGCUAUCAACAACAAAGCCAAUGAUUCCCCAGUUCUUCGGCACCCGUGUUUUUGAUCAUUAUGACCUGACCAAACUGCUUGAAUUCAUUGAUUGGAAGCCUUUCUUCGAUGUCUGGCAGCUGAGAGGCAAAUACCCCAAUCGUGGCUAUCCUAAGAUCUUCAAUGACAAGACAGUUGGAUUGGAGGCACGAAAAGUUUUUGAUGAUGCCCAGAAGUUGCUUAACCGCAUGAUUGAUAACUCGAGUCUGACGGGUCGAGGAUUGGUGGGAUUCUGGCCGGCCCAAAGUGAUGGCGAUGACAUCCGUGUGUACAACGAGGGUGACACGGUUCCUAGAGAUACCGAGCCGAUCUCAAUUUUGCACGGUUUACGGCAGCAGGUGCAAAAGGACAGCACAAGUUCAGAACCCUACCUGUGCUUAGCUGACUUUGUGGCACCCAUAGACAGCGAUAUACCUGAUUACAUUGGAUUAUUUGCUGUUGGAGUGUUUGGUGCUGAGGAACUGAGUCAGCAGUUUCAGGCUGAAGGAGAUGACUACAGCAGUAUUAUGGUCAAAGCUCUGGCUGACCGACUGGCAGAGGCAUUUGCUGAGCAGCUCCAUGUUCACGUACGCAAAGAACUGUGGGGCUACUGUGCUGAUGAGUGUCUGCUGGCUUCAGACCUUCACAAGGUUCAUUAUCAGGGUAUCAGACCCGCCCCAGGAUACCCAAGCCAGCCGGAUCACACUGAAAAGAUUGUAAUGUGGAACCUCGCUGGUAUACAGGAGAAGACUGGUAUUGCUCUGACGGAGUCGCUGGCAAUGCGGCCCGCUGCCUCGGUCUCUGGACUUUAUUUCUCCAACCCUCAGGCUUCAUACUUUGCUGUUGGAAAGAUCACCAAGGAGCAGGUUGAGGAUUAUUCAAGAAGGAAAAAGAUGAGUCUUGAGGACACUGAGAAGUGGUUGGCUCCCAUCCUUGGUUACGACAGUGAAGUGUAG